GACUUCUACUGCCACCAUCUCCCCAGCUUCUUCCGGCGCGCAACGGGAAUGGGCGCCGCAUUCUCAUCCGCCGAUGCUGUGGCGACCGACCUGCUACUGCCCAACGCCCCAAAGAUAUUCACGGUGGUUAUGCUCGGACUCGAAGGUGCAGGCUGCACUAGUCUACUCAGCCGUCUUCUAGUCCCAACAGACGAGCAGCCUGAGCUUCCACCAACCAGCCCUACUCUAGCACUCGACAGAGUCGACGUGUCGUAUGGUUCUCAUCGCAUCCACUUCUGGAACCCGAGUGGACAUGAGAGGAUGCGCAACCUGUGGCCGUUGUCUUUUCCUCACGCGCAUGCAUUUCUUUUCAUCGUCGACGCUACAUCCACCGCUCCCGCUUCCUCUUUGGACAAGGCCAAAGAAACACUCCAUGGGCUAUGCACCUCUCCCAAAACCUGGACCUGUGCCGACCCCGACUUCCCGCUAUUUGUGCUGGUGAACAAAAUCGAUGUCGCUGGCACUCCCAGCUUGAAGGACGUAGCCGCAGCGAUGGACAUUGAAGGACUGACGAAACUGCGUUGUGGCGGGGAGGUGCCACUGCUGGCUACGUCUGCCUUGACUGGGGCAGGGUUAAAGAGCGUGUUGGAUUCCCUGGUCGCUCGAGUAUCUCACUACCAUAUCGCUACCCAUAAUGCACGCAUAGAGGAAUAA